AUGCCGCAAAGGAUGCGGCAGCACCAUCAUCGGCGUGUCCGGAGGUUGGCGCGGCAAUCGGUUGGCGUGGCUGCGGUGGUCGCUGGUUGCACAUUAGGGUUCUCGGCUAUGAUUCAUCGCGUGAUGUCUGAUCCUUCGCCUGCCGCUCGCGUUCUCGCUGAACCCUCUUCUUCUUCCGACUCGGAUUCAUGCGGGGAGCUAGCUGGCUGGGAGACAAACGGUGGUAUUGUGUUGUACAUCAUGGCACUGGGCUACAUCUUCGUGUCACUUGCUAUCAUCUGCGACGACUACUUCGUGUCGGCACUGGAGAAUAUUUCCGAAUCGCUAGCUUUGUCGCCCGACGUUGCUGGGGCCACUUUCAUGGCGGCAGGCGCGUCGGCCCCUGAACUAUUUGUGUCUAUGGCCGACAACGUGUUUACAAAACCCACCGAGAGCUUGGGCGUUGGCACUAUCGUAGGCUCGGCCAUUUUUAAUAUCCUCAUCAUUAUUUCGUUGUCAGGAUUGCUGGCGGGUCAAGUUCUAAAGCUUGACUGGCGCCCACUGUUGCGCGAUUCACUUUGGUACACGUGGGCCAUCGGUGUACUGGCUUUCGCCGUAUCAGAUGGCAGCGUCGAUGUAUCGGACUCGGUGAUCAUGGUCUGCUCAUAUGGAGGCUACAUCAGUUACAUGGCAUUCAAUGAGCGAGCGGUCAAUUGUUGCUGUAAGCGUCCAGAGGCUGACGAACACCAAGGAAAGAAGGCGGAAAAGCUUACAAUAAUUACGGAUUCAGACGCCACAUUGACGAAAGAAGUAAUUGUAGCCAUGGUCGAUGUUCAAAAGCCGGUCGACGAAGACGGACACCAGGGUGGAUUUCUCGGCGAGCAGGACAAACUGAAUCCGAUGCUGCGUUCGAAGUACCGCAUGUUCCAGUCGCAGCAGUUGCUUUACCGCAUGGAUUCAGCCGGCGAGCUAGAGGAUAUGGAGGCAAAGGAUAAUAUAAAGGAGAAAACUCAAGAUGAGACGAGUCAUGUGCCAGAUGCAGAUGAUGACGAGGAUCCACUGCCAAAGUACUUCCAUGAUGUGCUGGUUCCGCCAGAAGGCUGUUUGGCAAUAGUGUGGUUCGUGUUCACAUGGCCCAUCGUGGUCUUGGCACGUAUCACGAUCCCAGACUGCCGCUACCCUGCGUUUUCAGGGCCUAUGGGCUACUCAGCGACCUUCGUGAUAUCUAUCAUCUGGAUUGGCGUGCUCUCACAUUACACCGUCGCCUUCGGGACAAGGUUCGGAUGUAUCGCUGGUAUUCCUUCCGCUCUUAUGGGACUCACAAUCAUUGCUGCUGGCACUUCGAUUCCAGAUGCAUUGAGCUCCAUCCUUGUUGCCCGCGAGGGACGCGGCGAUAUGGCUGUCUCCAGUGCUCUUGGCAGUAACGUCUUCGACAUCCUGUUUGGGCUAGGACUUCCCUUUUUCCUGUCAAACUUGGUUUAUCAUGAAACCGUGCAAGUGUCGGGAGACGAUCUUGAUAUCUCGAUUGCGAUCCUUUUCGCCGUACUACUCUUCGUUGUGGUGGUGUUGGUUACCUCACGUUGGAAACUCUAUCCACUUGCGUGUGCGCUCCUGUUGAUGCUCUAUGCGGCUUACGUGGUCUUUUCAUACUUGCGGGGCUUGAAUAUUAUCUAA